AUGGGUGACCAGCAUAAGGGCGUCCCGAAGGUGGAUCUUAAGGACCUAAUGGACGGGGACAUAGUUUCAGAAGAGUUCAUAGACGACUACAAGAAGGUGUCAUCCUGCUCGGGGAACUGCAGCAGUUGUCAGGAUAAAUGCAAACAGUUCUUUAAGCCCAAGCAACGCUUCAAGGUAUCCCUUCAAGAGCAGAACGUGGUUAUAACCGCCAAGCUGAUGCGCUUCGACCAUAUAAUUUUUAUCUUGUCGGGGAAGGGCGGCGCAGGCAAGUCAACCUUAGCAAUUCAGUUGGCGUAUGCCCUCGCAGAGCACUACGACUACAAAGUCAAUCUGUUCGAUGCGGACAUCUGCGGCCCGUCCAUCCCGACUCUUACGUUUACACAGAUGGCCGAUACAAACAUCUUCGUUGAGAAUCUGGGCUGGGAUCCCAUACCCCUCACAGACAGGAUCCACCUUAUGUCCGCUGGCUAUCUGGUUGGGGAUAAGGACACCCCGAUAAUCGUCGACGGCGACGGGAAGGAGGAGUUUCUGCGGGAGAUGCUCUUCAACACAAACUUCGAGUUUUGCAGUUCCAGGGAGCGUGAGGAAGGCUGCAAGAACGUGCUGAUUAUUGAUUUUCCUCCGGGGUCGUCUGAGGAGCAUCUGGUGAUGACUGCGUUGGUCCGCCGGUGUCUGAUGAGCGACUCCAUGGUGCGCUUGAGCAGCUCCGGUGUGUUAUCUGCGGGCCACGUUAACUCCCAGGAUCAAAGCAGCAUAUUUGGUGAUAUUGGGGGCCGUUUGGACGGGGCGAUUAACACCCAUGAACGCCAUGAGGCUGCAAAGUCUCUGCUGGCUGCCUCGGCCGCAGCUGGGACAAAAAGGCACCUGCCAACCAUAUACAGCCUCAUCAUCUCUACGCCUGAUGAGGUCUGCCUGUCCGACGUCCGGCGUGAAGUUCUAUUUUGCCGGACGAUAGGCCUCGCCGUCAGAGGGCUCGUCCAAAACAUGAGCGGAUUCGUCUGUCCGCACUGUGGCACAAACACAGAAAUAUUUGUCCCCCUUACUGGGGGCUGCGAGAGGCUGUCCGCCGAGACAGGCAUCCCUUUGCUUGGAAGCCUGCCCAUCGAUCUGAGCCUUUGCGAAGCAGCCGAAGAGGGCGGAUCAUGGCAGGAUUACGUUAGCACUCAUGGACGUGUAGGGUAUGACAAGUUUCUGGAGGUUGUUAGGCUCAUGCUUGAGAGCAACGAAAAAUCCGUGUAA